AUGAAGGAAGGAGCUAUCAAAGUAGAUACAUUUUGUGUUCAUGGUAGUCCUGAUGGGUAUAUAACAGGAAUCAGAGGAAAAGUUCAAUGCGUUGGUGCGGAAGAUUUGGAGAAAAGCGAGACUGAUUUAGAAAAAAGAGAGAUGAUUAAAGARAARUGUUUCCUUCGAUUUCCCACGAUUCCUUUCAUUCCCAAGUUACCUUAUGAUGUAAUAGCUACSGACUACGACAACUACGCUCUUGUUUCUGGAGCCAAAGAUAAAGGCUUUGUUCAGGUGUAUUCCAGGACGCCGAAUCCAGGUCMUGAGUUCAUAGCUAAGUACAAGAACUAUUUAGCGCAAUUUGGAUAUGACCCGGAGAAAAUAAAAGAUACUCCACAGGACUGUGAAGUGAUGUCUGAUGGUCAGCUUGCUGCCAUGAUGUCUAUGCCAGGUAUGGAGCAAACGCUGACAAACCAGUUUCCAGAUCUUGGWUUGAGAAAAUCAGUGCAGUUUGAUCCUUUCACAAGUGUGUUUGAAACUUUGAAUAAACUUGUUCAGCUCUAUUUCAAGUAG